AUGUGUUUUACGAAGAUCAAUUUAAGGAUAGUGUUUUUGUUCGGUCUGACAAAAGUGAAAGCCACACAGGAGUUGAUAGAGAACGAAAGUAUCGUCUACGCGACGUUGUUCAGGGGAAUUCUUGGACACCUACCACAACCUGACCCACAAGGGGCGUUGCUGGCGUACAGGUGGACUCAGGACUUCUGUCAGCAGAGCCGAGAUGAUUGUCAAAGUAGACGACGACAUGUUUCUCAAUGUCUUUAUUCUCCUGGAAAAGUUUUCACCCCAAAUUCAAAUCGAAACUGGUUUCGCGGUUACUCCCACUACCCGACCAACUACUGCAACGGCUACCUCGUGCUGAUAUCGCGUGACAUCAUCCGACCGAUGUACAGAGCGUCAUUUCUAACGCCGUUCUUCUGGGUGGAUGACGUGUAUCUGUACGGGUUUGCUCCCCGACAAGGUUGGGAACGUGAAGCAUGA